GAAAGCGCGAUGCCUCAAAUCGACCCCGACGUAGGGUGCGUCGUACCCGACCCAGGCCAGUGGCCCAUCGACCCGCAAGAAGAUGUGCCGAUUCAAGAAGACCGCUUGUGGAUUGACGGCUGCUUCGACUUCUUCCACCACGGCCAUGCAGGCGUCAUGCUACAGUCCCGCCGCUUCGGCGAAGAGCUCCUCGUGGGCCUCCAUAGCGAUGAGGAGAUCCUGCUCAACAAAGGCCCGACCGUCAUGUCCCUCGCCGAACGGGUGGCGGCGGUCAAUGCCUGUCGCUUCAGCACCAUGUGCAUACCUCAUGCGCCCUACGUGACUUCGAUGCCGUGGAUCAGCCACUAUGGGUGCAGAUAUGUCACUCACGGCGACGAUAUCUCGUCAGACGCCGAUGGGAAUGACUGCUAUCGGUUCGCGAAGAAGGCGGGGAGGAUGAAGAUUGUCCCGAGAACACCGGGCAUCAGUACGACAGAUUUGGUGGGGAGAAUGUUGGACGGCACGACGGAUCACUUCAUAAAGAGCUUGAGCGAUUGUAUUGACGGAAAAGAAGGGAGACCGGAAUGGAAUGACGCAGAGAGGAGACAGCAUGGGAAAGAGAUGCAGAAACGGAUCAUCGAAUAUGCUGCUGCGCCCAACGGAAGAGAUCCAUUUGUUGUGGUGUAUGACUACAAACCUAAUACGAGCUAUAUGGGAACGGGAGACUUUGCGAGUCUCGUCGCUGGGAUGCCUCCCCGACCGGGUCAGCGCCUCGUCUACGUGGACGGCGGAUUCGAUCUCUUCGCGAGCGGACACAUUGCCUUUUUGGAGACUGUGAGCAAAUUGGAAGAAGAACAAGGCCGACAACGAGGGUGGUACAGUGAAGCUGCGGAACAACAACGCAUCGACCUCACCGGAUCCGACUAUGGGCCCACAUACAUCAUCGCCGGAGUGCACGACGAUGCAGUUGUCAACCAACAUCGAGGCGCAAACUAUCCCAUCAUGAACAUUUUUGAACGAGGUCUCUGCGUCGUUCAAUGCACAUAUAUCCACGGCGUCGUAUUCGGAGCACCCUACACUCCCGAUGUCGGUUUCCUCGACUCUCUACCGUUCGGCAGAAGACCCGACGCCGUAUACCAUGGCCCUACAGCGUUCAUGCCGCCCAGCGAGGCAGAAGGCGAUCCUUAUCGAGACGCCAAGAAGCUCCAGAUCUUCACCGAGACGCCGACGCAUGACUUCCAGGAUGUGAAUGCCGCAAACAUCGUCCAACGCAUCUUGGAUCGAAGGACGGAAUACGAGGAGAGACAGAGAAAGAAAGGCGUGAAAAGUGCCGUAGAAGUCGAGCACAAGAAGAGAGAGAUUGAGGAGAUCGCUCAAGCGUUGACAUGAACCAAGAUCGCCCAACAACCGCGAAAGACGUUGAACGGAAUCGCUCCCUCCUCUAGAGUGUUCGAGAAAUUGCUAGGCUGGCUGCUUCUGCUUGAAAUAAAUAGCAUGCAUGUUCAUGAUACCCAAAUCGUCGCGUAUGGAGCCGCUGAUAUCAAAUUGUGUAGAUG